GCUGAGGCCCAGACAUGAUGUUUACCUCGUAUGGACAAGUGUACUGACCGGGAUUUGACGCAACACUUGCCGUCGGCUAAUUUUUCGCUGACGAAAACCACAGCUAGAUGGUCUCGCCAGUGAAGGACCAAAGGGAUUCCAGUGUUGACGACGGCGAAAUUCGUAAUGCUAGUGAAUGCAUGAGGAUCGCCGAGCUGAAAACCCCAAGUAUUUAAGGGCCUUGGUUCCUUCACUGCCGAGCAGUUUGUAGGAACACUUAAAACAGAGAGAAAAGAGUCUCUGAACGGAUUAUAGCCAUGGAUAUCAAAAAGUGCGGUCUGGGUGCGAAUGUCCCAACCUUCUAUGACCCAUCUGACAUCGAGUCCAUCCGUGCCUCUGUCUUCAAUAAUGGUAUAGCAUUUGUGGAGGGGUGUGAGGAAGAGGCCUUAGUAGGUCUUGCUCACCAACUGGGACAAGUCGUGAGACCGCGGAAUGAGGAAACACCCGGCAGUGGUGUAAGUCGAAUUCGAUUUGCAUCAGAUUUGGUGGGAAAGGGAUACAGCUCUGAAGAGCUAUUCUUCCAUACCGAUCGCAGCGGAUGGGACGAACCCCCGCGCAUUUUGAUGUCAACUCUCCGUUCUCAGUCAGAGUCCGGGGGCGAGUCAUUGCUGGUUGACGGCCAGAAUGUCCUCAACGCUCUUAGGCAACAUGAUGAGGAUCUGUACAACCUAUUCACUAGUUCAAAGCAUACCAGCUUCCGUGCCGAUGAUGGAACGUUCGUGCCACGGGCCAUGGUCGACAAAGAGACUGGAAUCUUUCGCUUCCGGUUCGAUGACGGCAUUCAGAUGUCGGCAUCUAUGGUUGUUGGCUUCACCAAGCUGCAGGAUAUCAUCUAUCAGCAUGCCUAUUUCGUAUCCCUGCGACCCGGUCAGGGUUAUGUGCUAGAUAACCACCGGUACCUGCAUGGGCGAGCCUCCUUCACUGGUUCACGGGAGUUGUUACGAGUCCUUGUCAGGCCCCCCUCCCCACCUAGCGAGAAGGUAAUCUUGUUUGACAUUGACGGCACACUCUGUCGGUCAGAGGCUCUCAGCAUUGACGCAUAUUAUUCCUGUGUGAGCGACAUUGUGGGAAAGGACAUCAAUCAUGCAAAUACCCCGGUCAACUUGCACGGACGAACUGAUCUUGGCCUGCUGCACGACAUUUUGGAUUAUCACCAAGUAUCCCUGAAGGAUCAAGUGGUGGAGGAAUUCCUCAAACUCCACCCACAGUAUCUGGAGCGUUCUUUGUCCAAGGGUCUUCCAUCGGUGAUAUGCCCCGGCGCACAGGAAAUGCUCAGCUGGUUGAUUAGGGAGAAUGAGAACUCCGGCCAACCGAAGUUCCAGUUGGGUCUCAUUACGGGCAAUUCUCGUCCCAACGCGUUGCUAAAACUCCGCGGGGCGGGAGUUGACACCAGCAUAUUCGACCUUGACAUCUCGUCAUUCGGGGACAGCCACCAUAAUCGACUAUCAUUGUUUCAAGAUUCCCUCUCAAAAUUGAAGGUCCGCUUUGGCUCUCAUAUACGCGCAAAAGACGUCCUAGUCGUUGGAGACACACCCCUUGACGUGGAAUGUGCGAAGCAAGCUGGUUGCUCAGUCGUGGCUGUUGCGACAGGGAACUAUAAGAUGGAGGAGCUGGCUUCGCUGAAACCUAAUUUCUGCUGCAGUCAGCUGACUGAAACGAAGGAAUACCUUCUGCAGGCGGCCUUUUAGGUGCUACUGCCAGUGUCAAUAAUUAUCUUUCACACGCACAUUAUGAAAAGGCCACACACUUUGUAUCGCAGGUGAUUAGAACAGAAUAUUGGAGUGCAAGGUAGAAAGAAGCUUCAUUCGCCCCAAUAUAAAUAUAUAUAGGCUGUAAACACUCCAUAUUGGUCGAAAGUAUCAAUAAUUAUUUCAUAUUGUUCUCGGGUGGCCUUCGAAUGGUGAUUCCACCUAAAUGCGCUCUGAUUCCAAGGUCGAGCCAAUUAUUUCCUGAAUUUCUCCGGCCGCAGUACCAGCCAGAACGCCCACCCCAACUAUUCCACCAUCGCUGGCCUCUCGAAGGAAGACACUCUUCCCUUCACCCUGUGGUCCAGCACUAAGAAUCAAUCGGUCGAUAUGUCGCUGAAUUCGGUCCUUGUAGUGAGGGUAGUGCUGGAUCACACCACCAGACACGGCCACAACCAGCUCCUCCGGCCCUUUUUGCCAACC